GUUUUUCUCCGGGACUGAUCAGUCUCCGGUCCCGCUCUCCGCGAUACACGCCGCCAACGGGUCACUUUCAGGGGUUUUUACCGUGACUUUUCUUUUCCUUUUUUAUUUUUAAGUGGAGUUUCCGAGCUUUGAGAGCAGCAACAGCAAUGGGGACCCCCGGGACCCCCGCCGACGGCGGCGUCCUGAAGUGCGGCUACCUGCGCAAGCAGAAGCACGGACACCGGCGCUUCUUCGUGCUGCGCGCCGCCACGGAGCGCGCCCCCGCGCGGCUCGAGUACUACGAGAGCGAGAAGAAGUGGCGGAGCAAGUCCCAGUCCCAGUCCCAGCAGUCCCAGUCCGGGUCCCAGUCCUCCUCCGCCGCGGGGCCGCGCCGCGCGCUCCCGCUGGACUCCUGCCUGUGCGUCAACAAGCGCGCCGACGCCAAGCACCGGCACCUGGUGGCGCUGUACACCAAGGACGAGUACUUCGCCGUGGCCGCGGACAGCGAGCCCGAGCAGGACAGCUGGUUCUCGGUGCUGACCGAGGCCGUGAACGAGGGGAAGAGCAGGGGCGCGCUGCCCGCCUGCACGUCCUCGCUGGUGGGCUUCGAGGAGGCGAGUGCCCCCCCGGCGGGGGCGAGCUCCAGCAGCUUCCGGGAGGUGUGGCAGGUGACCCUAAAGGGGCGUGGCCUGGGCGGCCAGAGGAACCUGGCCGGGGUGACCCGGCUCUGCCUGGCCAGCCGGACUCUCAGCUUCGUCAAGCUCAACUCCUCCACGGCGGCCGUCACCCUGCAGCUGCUCAACAUCCGCCGCUGCGGCCACUCGGACUCCUUCUUCUUCAUGGAGGUGGGGCGCUCGGCGGUGACGGGCCCCGGGGAGUUCUGGAUGCAGGCCGAGGACCUGGUGGUGGCGCAGAACAUCCACGAGACCAUCCUGGAGGCCAUGAGGGCCCUGAAGGAGCUGGCCGAGUUCCGGCCCCGGAGCAAGAGCCAGUCGGCCAGCACCAACCCCAUCUCGGUGCCCCAGCGCCGCCACCACCACCUGCACCAGCUCCCCCCCAGCCAGACGGGCCUGCCGCGGCGCUCCCGCACCGACAGCGCGGCGGCGUCUUUCGCGCCCGGCCGGGUCAGGACGGCCAGCGAGGGCGACGGCGGGGUGAGCCGGCCCGUGUCCCUGUCGGUGAGCGGGAGCCCCACCAGCCCCCCCCACGCGGGGCCGCCCCUCAGCCGCUCACACACCGUCAGCAGCGGCCGCACCUGCCGCCUGCUGGAGGCCAACCUGCAGCACAGCCGCUCCAUGCCCGUGUCCCGGUCCCCCCCGGCCGGCUGCAGCCCCCUCAGCACGUCCCCCCGGGGGGGACCCGACCGGGCCGGCCGGCCCUUCAGCUGCAGCGCCUCCAUGUCCGGGUCCCUGGGCGACGCCGGCUUCCCGCUCUGUGACGAGUACGGCUCCAGCCCGGGGGAGCGGUGCCUGUCCCUGGCCCGCAGCGACACCCCCGACUCCCUGUCCAGCACGCCGCCGUCCCGGGACCACGGCGACCCCGCCGGCUACACCGUCAUGGAGGCCGGCUCGGCCCUGGACAAGCAUUACAGGAAGCGCACGCACUCCCUGACCACGCCGCGGCAGCAGCGGGUGGUGGCGCCGCUGUCCUCGGCCUCCCUGGACGAGUACACGCUCAUGAGGAUGGCCCGGGGCCACCAAGGCUCCGCCUCGCCGCGGGUCUGCUACCCCGAGGACUACGGGGACGUGGAGAUCGGCUCGUCCCGGAGCUCCAGCAGCAACCUGGCCGACGAAGGCUACAUGCCCAUGACGCCGGGCGUGGCGCCGCCCUCCGGGAGGGCAGACAACUACGUAGCCAUGAGCCCCUCGUGCGUGUCGGCCCCCAAGCAGAUCGUUAACCCCCGGGUGCACCCGCAGGCGGGCGGCGGCGGUUACAAGACCAGCUCCCCCUGCAGCAGCUCGCUGGAGGACGCCGGCUACAUGAGGAUGUGGUGCGGCAAGUCCUCCAUGGAGAGCCCCGACAGACAGGGGGACUACAUGAACAUGUCCCCUGGGAAAACCCCCCCUGACUGCUACCUGGGCCUCCUGGCCGGGGAGCCUGCCCCGGCCCGGGCGGCGUGCCCGGCCGGCCCCCCCACCAAACCUCAGACCGACGACAGCCAGUACGUGCUCAUGAGCCCCCAGAGCUCCCGGCAAAGGGGCGAGUCGGACUACUACGCAGUGAUGCAGCCGGGGGGGGGCCCGUCCUCACACCUGAGCCCCUCAGCCCCCGCCCCGGCCAGACACGCCCGGGCCGAGACCCUGUCCUACCGGGGGAGGCUGGGCCGGCCCAACCGGCUGUCCCUGGACACCUUGAAGACCCUCCCCAGCAUGACGGAGCACCCGCCCUCAGGGGAGCCCCGCAGCCCCGGCGAGUACAUCAACAUCGACUUCAGCAGGGCCUCGCCCCCCUCCCUGUCCACGGGGAGCCCGUCCUCGUCUCUAGGGUCUGCCGGGGGCCCGGUGAGGAUGUCCCUGUCGGAAUACAUUAACCUGGAGUUGGGUGCACGCUCGCCCAAGGGGGCCGGCCCCCCCGCCGAGCGCCUGGACCCCCUCCCAGAGUCCUGCUCCCGCCCUGAAGGGGGCGACGCCCCGGGCCUCAGCGACGACUACACGGAGAUGACGUUUGGCAUGACCAGCUCGCCGCCACAGCUCGUCCCUCACAACACAACCAGCAGCCCCAGCACCAGGGAAAGGCCGGCUCCUCUGGAGGACCCGGGCGUCCCCCCACCCAUCGGGGUGUUCCGACUCGGCGCCUCCUCCUCCCCCACGGUGGACCCGGACUGCUCGGCCAAGGUGAUCAGGGCCAACCCGCAGGGCCGGCGGCGCCACAGCUCGGAGACCUUCUCCUCCACCGCCACGGUGACGCCGGUCUUCCCCUCGUUCGCCCGCGGCGAGGCGGUCCGGAGGCCCAGCUCGGUGGAGAACAUCUCGUCCCGGAGCAGCGAGGGCUCGGACGAGGAGUACGGCAGCCCGCUGAGCCGGCAGCCCCCCCUGGGCUACGCCGGCGGCCUGAACUACAUCGCCUUGAACCUGCUGGAGAACCGGGAGGUGGAGAAGUGCGGAGACCUGGUGGGCUUCAAACCCGCCAGCAGCUGCAAGGGCGGCAUCAACGGAUUACACCAGCCCUACGUCUGCCUGGGCUUCAAGGAGGCUGCCACCACCGCCAAAGACUGAAGAACUGAUCUGUUCUCCAGCUCGGCGUCCUCACUGACCUGCUGCUGCGAAAAAGUAUAAAAACAAAAAAACACUUGGCCCCGCCGCCGGGGCCUGUGGCCCGAAAAGACUGUCUGGACUGUCAGCAUCGCAAAUGCUCACACACGCACACACUCCCACACACUCCCACACACACUCGCACACACAGGAAAUAUGCUGGUCACCAUCUAUGCAUGGAGUGGAUUUGCUAAAGGCAGGACGUGUGUUUGAGUGUGUGUUUCUGUGUGUGAGUGUGUGUGCUGGUACGUCUCACGUUUCCUGCACUUUGAGAGGCCAUUUCUCCUGUGACCUAAAUUCUGGCACAAGCACAGAAGCAGAGAUACAGACAAUAACAGAGCUCUAAUGGUACCCAGAUACUAUUUAUUUACUUGAGGGAGGGUUCACGUCCGUGCGAGUGUGUGUUUCUGAGACAAAGUCCAAUAACUAGUACGCCAGUGAACAAUGAAAUCUGCUCAGUGGCCUAGGGACGCAAGAUACCGAGGUAUAUAUAUAUAUAUAUAUAUAUAUAUAUAUAUAUAUAUAUAUAUAAAAUAUUUUACAAUAGAUAUGUUAUUUAUUUUGGGAUGCUGAAUGUCUGAUGAGACCGACCCGAUGCCUUAAUCUGUAUACUGUCCUUAUGUUUUCUAUAAAAGAAGAGGUAAAUAUUUACUACAGUAUGUUUGUUCGGGGCUACAUCUCUAUAUAGUUAUUCUCUUGUGGAAAGAAAAAUGUCUAGUUUACCAUUUUAAAAUAUUUUAUUUUAGAAAUGUAGAAAAAAGUGGCUCUAUGUGAGAUCUGAUUUAUUCUAUUAAUGUUAAAGUAUUUUCUUAAUGAUUUCCUAUCCAGUCUAACCCUUUUAUUUUUGUCCAGUUCAAAGCUUUAGACUCACAAAGAUAUAUUUCUAAAUGUCGAUUUUAGCGUUAUGCAUGUGUAGUUUUUUGGAAACACGUACCCUACGAAGCGGGCGCGGUACCUCCCACAGUUCCUCAGCCGUCGAGCCACAAGACCUCACACACUCCUACCUUCAAACCUGCGGCCCGCCGAGCUAGCGGCGGCCGUCGCGCUGGGAUAUCGCUUGACUGUACACCUGUCUUGGGGGGGUGGGGCCAACAGAAC